AUGCUGGAGCAGCAGAAACAGUGCGAGGGCAUUGAGGCGAAUGACCAGCGUGCCGCCAUCAUCCGUGUCGUCCGGACGCACGGGCCACUGUUUGUCUGCGAGGACCCGUCCGUUUUCCUGCAGACGCUUCCACAGGCACAGAAGAAGCACCACAGCGGCGCCCCCCUGAGCAUUGAGGAGCUGGAGUACCUGAGCCACACCCACACCAUCGAAUUCCUUAGUGAGGAUGAUGCGCGGUGCCGUGAGUAUCUACGCGAGCGCCAUACGCUUUCGUGCCGCGUCUACCGCCAUCUCACCGACGUAGAGGGGCUGCGGCUGCGCCACGGUAGCCAAUUCGGUGCGGCGUUCAUUGGCUACCGCGAUGUGGAGAGUCAUGGCGACUGCUUGGUGUUCUUUGGGCCGCUCGCACACUUGGCGACCGUUGCAGCGGUGCGGGUGGCGUGCAGCGUGGCGAAAGAGGCCUGGGUGGUAGAGGAGCUGCCCAGUAGCGGCGGAAGCGGUGGUGAAAGUAGUACCAAUGGUUUCUCCGUCACGAAACUUGACAAGUGUCGCGGCGGCGACUGA